GGAGGGAAGCGGUCCCGGCUGGCGGCGCACUGGGGGGACAAGGAAGGGGAAGGUGGUGGAUCUGCUGGCCAUGGACGCUGAUCUGGUGCGUAGGGGCCAAGUGAGAGCAGGCGCGGAGUCAGGAGAGGGGUUCCCGGGGAGGGCGAGCUUACUGCGGGGGCAGCUUCUGAGAUCCAGCGCCCUUCCUGAUCGGCCUCUCCCUGCAAGGCGGGGACAACGCGGGUCACACCGUGGUGGUGGGGCUGGUGGAGUACGAUUUCCAGGUGCUGCCGAACCACAGCGAGGUCACAGCCGUGCCACCUCCUUCCUCGGUGAGUGACCCUAUGUACGCUGACAUCUGCCCGCACCUCCAUCCUGACACCCAGCUUCCUUCCUUGAUUGGCUCUGGUAUUUGGCUUCUGAAGCAAGACUCCAGUGUGUGACCAAUCCCACGCAGGCCCUGCCCCAAGCUGGUUGGCAUGGCCCUGCCAACCAUGCCCUAGUGCCAGUGACACCCUGUGAUACUCUCUCCCAUGGCUAGAGACAAUUACUGGAAGGCUAAGCGGCGCAGACAGGCCAGAGAGCCUGCCCUGAGCCAGAGCCUUUUCCCUAUAAAGGAGCCACUGAGCCUGGGCCCUUUCCAGUUGGGCCAAGGGGCCUUUCCUGAGCCAUUCACAAGCACUUGAGCAGGCACUGCCACUCCAUCCUCCCUUCCCCAGUGCAGGAACUGACGGCUCAGCUACCCACCCAGACAUCAGUUUGUGGCCUUCCAGGUCCCCUGUGCCAUGACGGGUAGCACAGGGCCCUUCCUUCAGUGGGCCCAGGAGGUGGCCGCGCUGCUGCUGCUGCGGGUGCGACGUACGGUGCUGCAGACGGCUAUCCUGCUCUGCGUGCUGCUGCUGCUUCUCUGGGUUGCUGUCUUUCUCUAUGGCAGCUUCUACUACUCCUACAUGCCCACUGUGAGCUACAUCAGCCCUGUGCACUACCGCUUCAGGACAGACUGUGGUUUGCCAGGCCCUGAUCUUUGCUCCUUCCCCAUUGCCAACAUCUCCCUGGUCAAAAACAACCGGGACAAGGUGCUGAUGUACGGGCAGCCCUACCGCAUCUCCCUGGAGCUGGAACUGCCUGAGUCACCCGUGAACCAGGAGCUGGGCAUGUUCAUGGUGGCAAUAUCCUGCUACACAAAGGGUGGGCGGAUCAUCUCCUCCUCCACCAGAGCGACCAUGUUGCAUUACCGCUCAGGCCUGCUGCAGACUCUGGACACCCUGGUCUUCGCUGGGCUCUUCUUCUUGGGCUUUGCUGAGCAGAAGCAAAUAGUUGAGGUGGAGCUGUACUCGGACUACAGGGAGGACUCGUAUGUCCCAACUAUUGGAGCCGUGAUAGAAAUCCAGACCAACCGGAUCCAGAUCUAUGGGGCACAGCUGCGGAUCCAUGCCCACUUCACAGGCCUGCGGUACCUCCUCUAUAAUUUCCCAGUGACUUCGGCCAUCUUAGGCGUGGCCAGUAACUUCACCUUCCUCAGUGUCAUCGUGCUCUUCAGCUACUUGCAGUGGAUCUGGGGCAGUGUAUGGCCCCGGGAGCCCCUCUUAGUGCAGGUAAACACACGGGAUGGGGCCAGCCUGCAGCAACGGCGGGAAGAAGCACGACGGCGCAUAGUUACUCCCAGGCCAGAUGCUCUCUGUCCUGAAACAGCAGACCAAGAGGAGCUGACAACACUGCAGCCCGAGGCCAGAGGGCUGGGCAAGAGUGACCAGGAGAGGGUUCCCCAGGGCACAGCUUCCCCCCCACAGUUAACAAACCCAUCUCUGGAGACAAUUGGCCACAUAGAGGACGCAGCCCAGGGGAAGGAACUGGACCUGAGUGAAGAGGCUGAGUUCGAGUCCGUGGAUGAGUCCUCCCUGCUCACUGAUGCCAACUACCCUCCCCCUGCAGGGACACCUGUGAUGCUACCACAGCUGGGAGAGGGAGAUGAAAUCCGUCAGAGAUACGUCUGCUCCAGCUCCUGAGGGCACCAUCUCCCCUUCCCCAAAAAACAAAAACCCUCUGGCCUUGUUCCCUGGGCUCCCAGCUCGUGUUUACAUUCCAACUCCCAACCCUCACUUGGAACUGCAGUAAUCGAAUAAAGCACCUGCUGGAGGAGCCAGACUGCUGGCUUGGGGGUAAGCAGGCUGUGAGGCAAUGCUGGGGGCCUGUCCGUGGAGGUGGAGGGCUACAUUCCUGUGGUGAAGGACUGAGAUGAGUUGUGCUCUGACCCCUGUUGAUGGGGGUAGAAGAGAAACCCCACCCUUCAGGAUAAGAUGGGCUGGGGUCCCCCAACAUUCCAGCUCCUAGCCAGGGCGUGCCCAUGGCAGCAGACGAGCCGCUCCUCCCCCCCAUCCCAGCUCUCCCAUUCGCUCUCCACAGCCGCACCUCUUCCUGUCUGCUGAAGUGAGGCCACAUGAGGGUGGGGAGAUGCCCUCUCCUGAACUGAGCUCACUGCAGCCGGGAAACCAGCAUGAGCUUUCCCCACUGGGCUGUGACGUCUGCAUUCCAGAAGGCUCAGUAAUUGGGGGCUGGAUUACACAGGAGGUUGUAAGCUUGGCAGGGAAGGUGUCUGCUUCUGGAGGCAGUUGCCUUUGCUUAUCAUGCACUGCUCUGAGCACCUGGCAGCCCAGCCCUUGCAUCCAGCCACCCACCCAUCUGUAAGCUCUCUCUAGCAUUUUCCCUCUUGCUGAGGCAUUAGGAGUAGAGCACCAUUGUUGUCUGGCUGCCUCUUCCAACAGAGGGUUCUGUAGGGAGUGGGGCAGGAGCUAUUGGGGGUACUGCUUUGUCAGAAUCCAGCCUUCCAGGGUUUGUGCAAGGGGUAGAGAAGCUGGGGCAGGGUAUGUCCUGCUGCCUUCCCAGUGUGGAAGCUGCACUUAUUUGUGGGGGUAGGAACCUGCAGCCUAUUGAGGCACUAACACAUGCAGCUACAGCUGUACCUACCUUCCACCAAACCUGGCUCCACUUUGGGGGUGAUGCAGGAAACUGGCUCCUCCUCCACUUCUGCCUCCGGAUCAGUUGUGAGCUUCUGGCCGCUCUCCUGUAGGUCUCACCUGAGACUGCUCUGCCUGCCAGCCUAUGUAAGCAGCCCCACACAGUAGGGCAGGUAUCAUGGCUUGCCCUGUGCUCCUAAUUUCUCUGUCCCCUUCUACCUCCCUGGCCACUUUGGGCCUGUGGGGUUCUAGGAGUAUCUUUAUGGAAAAGUUUCUAUUCCUGCAAAGAGAUGGGUUAUGGGGGCAGAGCCAGAGAUGGAUGUAGUUCCAUGGGCAAGAAGAGUUCUGGCUCCCAUCUCCUUCACAAAGACGGGAAGAGCCCGGAGCUUAGGUUGAACAUGGCCUGGUGCUGUCAGCCUAGCAGAAGGGGGCUGAAAGCUGUUGCUGCUCUCACUCUUGUGUUGUCCUUGUUUCCCCAUACUCAUUCUGAGGGUGGUGAGAACUUCUUUGCCCAGCCCCACCUCAAAGGCCCCUGACCACGAGCCAGGGACUGGCCCAGCUUUGCUUGCUGGCUUCAGCCUGGUAUACGUGGGGUGGCCCAGACAUGGCUGUUGUGGGGAGGAGGGUGGCACAGUCCCUGUCCUGCUGUGGGAUGUUCAUCCCACUAGGCCUUAGGUGAUAUAGGAGCUGUUGCCUUGUCCCUUUCAAUGUGUUGGUGGGGGGCCUAAAGCGCCUUUUGUAAUGCACUUCUGCCUGCUAAAACAAGUGAUGGGCUUGUCAGAAUGGGUAUUCCUAGCUAGCUGAGGAGUCAGUGAGGCUGGGCAGUUGCUAGGGGCCUCAUGGGCCACUGUGGGAGAGCCUGUAUAAUGCACUACGGCCUCCAGCAUUUGGAGGAAGGGACAGGCUGGCUUUGCUCCUACUGCCCAGCUAUCCACUUGGUGCACCUUCCUCAGCAGCAGCCAGGGCUAGGCAAGAACCCUGUUGUAGCAGAAGAAGAGUAACUGGUUCACAAGUUAAGUCUCAUCCUCUGAGAUCAGCUUGACCCCUAACACAGGAGCAUUGCUCUCCAUUCAUAAAGCUUUGCUAGCAGUAAGUACCCAGCACACUUGUCUUUGGUAUCCACCAACAUGUCAAGUUGCUCAGUGUCUUUCUUAGCUCUUGGCCUCAGCACCUUCCUGUGGCAGAGAAUCCCACAGGCUUAUGACACAUCAUGUAAACAAUUCAGAAUUUGCCACCUUGCAGCCACUGUGACUCCCUGUGUUAGGAGAGAAGGAGAAUAAAAAAAUCAUGAUCUCA